AUCGAGAGAGGCCUAAGGGCGACUGGCGGAGGGUAGCUGGAACCACUUGGGUGCUGGGUUGAGCGCAGGACCGACCGCCCUUACGGGGCGAGGGGUCGGGUUCAGACAGUACCACCUGUGUGUCUAGUCCGUCCCACUUGCAGGGGAUCGAGGGUCACUUUUGAACGAUACCGCUUGGGUCGGGCGUGGGGCUAGCCGGAAGGUACUAGUGGACAGAACCAAGGGACAAGUCUAGACAUUUGCCACUCAGAGUCACCGGGCAUUGGACAAGGUGCCCUGCAAUGGACCAUGAAGCUCAUAGGAGCUGAUCUUCUAGGUCGGUCGGUGGCAGGUUCGGAACGUACCACCCGGAGAGGGGCGACUGGGCUUGGCCCUCCGGGCUGGUCGGUGGACCUGUAGUGGGUCUAGCGUCUUGACCUGUUACUAUGGGACCUCGGGCGAUACCAUUCCUGUCCGUGGGAGGGAGAGAGGCUGAGACCGUUGAAGGGUGUUGGGGCGACCCUGCCCGGAGACACCUCGCGGGGUUCACGCGCUGACCUUGGUGGGCACUGGGCCACCGCGUCCCUGACCACGACCUCCUCCCCGCCGCGUGGGUUCUAGGCCCUGGUUCUGAGCUUGUUCCGCACUCCUCCCCUGGGAAUGGCGUUGUCCGGGUCGACCCCGGCCCCGAGCUGGGAGGAGGAUGAGUGUUUGGAUUACUACGGCAUGCUGUCGCUUCAUCGUAUGUUCGAGGUGGUGGGCGGGCAGCUGACCGAGUGCGAACUGGAGCUCCUGGCCUUCCUGCUGGAUGAGGCCCCCGGCGCCCCCGGCGGCCUGGCCCGCGCCCGCAGCGGCCUGGAGCUGCUUCUAGAGCUGGAACGCCGUGGCCAGUGCGACGAGAGCAACCUGCGGCUGCUGAGCCAACUCCUGCGCGUGCUGGCCCGCCACGACCUCCUGCCACAUCUGGCGCGCAAGCGGCGCCGGCCAGUGUCCCCUGAGCGCUACAGCUAUGGUAAUCCCAGCUCUUCUUCCAAGAGGACGGAGGGUGACAGUCGCCAGCAGGAUGAAGGUCACCACCCUCGGCGACAGUCAAGCAGUCCUCCUGAGUCUCAGCAGAGUCAGUGGGACACGGGCUCCCCUCCAACCAAGCGUCAGCGUCGCAGCCGGGGCCGCCCCAGCAGUGGUGCCAGGCGGCGGCGGAGGAGAGCGGGCCCAGCAGCCUUGGGGCGGCACGAACAGGAGCCUGGCAGGCCCUCAUCAGAAGGCAAAGUGACCUGUGACAUCCGGCUCCGGGUUCGAGCAGAAUACUGCGAGCACGGGCCAGCCUUGGAGCAGGGCGUAGCAUCCCGGAGACCUCAGGCACUGGCCCGGCAGCUGGACGUGUUUGGACAAGCCACUGCUGUGCUGCGGUCAAGGGACCUGGGCUCUGUGGUGUGUGACAUUAAAUUCUCAGAGCUCUCCUACCUGGACGCCUUCUGGGGUGACUACCUGAGCGGCGCUCUGCUGCAGGCCCUGCGGGGCGUGUUCCUGACUGAGGCCCUCCGGGAGGCCGUGGGCCGGGAGGCUGUCCGCUUGCUGGUCAGCGUGGAUGAGGCCGACUAUGAGGCUGGCCGCCGCCGCCUGUUGCUGAUGGAAGAGGAAGGGGGGCAGCGUGGGACAGGGACCUCCUGAUCCUGGAUCUGGCAGGACUGACCCCCCCGCCUCCCAGUCUCCAGGCCACCUUCUUCCCUGGAAGAUGACCAUAUUGCCCCCGGACUGUCAGUCAGCCGCUCUGAGGACUGCGUAGGACUGCAGGUUCCUCCUCUUUGGGGGUAUGGGCUUUGAAGCACAGAGCACUUCCAGCUGCUUCUGCCCCAGGACCACCACUCCCAGGUGGAUCCCCUCAGUCCUGGGGCCCCAGGACUGCAGAAUUCUUCAGCAAGGAGGUGUAGCCCCUUGCACGUGGUGUCUCUCCACCUGGGGUGAUUCCGGCUGGCCCCACACACUUUAGCCUAAGGGCUACUCUCUCAGGAUCUCAGAUUUUACUGUCCCCACAUGUACCUCAACCAGAGCAGUGGCUUUGGAGCUGGGGUGCCCAGGGGCCUUGCUCACCUCGCUCAUUCAUUUGAGCAGCCAUGACUCUGCCUGCGGUACACACAGACGU